CGCUGCCGCCGUCGCCGCCUCCGCACGCCAGCAGCUGCCCCCGCCAGCAUGCUGCGCGCCGUCUUCGCUGCCGUCCUCGUGUGCACUGCACUAGCUCCCACAGGUGGCGCGGUGAAGUGCUACCGGUGUGCCAUGGGCGACCCGCGGUGCGGCGGGCCCGGCAUGGACCUGUCCGAGGUGCCGACGGAGAACUGCACGCUGGCCGCCGUCGCCACGGGGCUCACGGAGUCCGUGGGCGAGGACCGCUUCCCCAAGAUCGAGAGCGAGGCGGGCAUCGGCUCCUUCAGCCUGCCGGAGGCCACCGCCGCCGCCAUCCCACUCGGCUGCCUCAAGCUCGAGAAGCGGAACGUGACGACGGGCGAAGUGAGCACGGCGCGGCACUGCAUCUGGCUGGGCCACGACGACGUUGAUGCGUGCGCCGCCAUCAGCGCCUCUGCCGACGUCACGUACUGCGCCAUCUGCGACUACGACCUGUGCAACGCGGCCGGCCUGCCAGCCGUGACGUCACUGCUGCAGCUGCCACUGUGGGCGCUCGCCCUGCGUUUGCUUUCGCCCUGAGACCAGGGCGCCACCCAUGCUGUGGAAACUCCCCACUGGGGCCGUCUGAGGAACUCGUACUUAAGCUAUUUAUUUGAUACAGACACGUAUACAAAUUGAACACAUAAAGUACAUUGGAACAAUAUAAAUAGAUGUAGGAUGAAAACAUUUUCAUUAUUAUUUUGCUAAAAAUAUACCGUAAGAUUGUGAACGUGCGAUCGCUGUACACGGUGAUCUGAAGAGGAGCCAGCUUGAUAGUCAGUAGGAACAAACACCGUCUUUGGAUAUCGGUUUCCGGAAGAGUGACAAGGAAAUUUCUAGGAAGGCACCGUCGGUUUCCUCGCCAAUUUUCGUUGUAUUUUGUUCCUUGGGAAGAGCUUACAACUUUUAUGUCUCUUUCUCGCCAGUUUUCAACUAGAUCGACGUUUUUGUCUACAAUUUUUCUGACUUGUCUCUUUUUUCCUUUCUCUGGGACCAAUUUAUGUAAUUUCUUUUAUCAUUCAAGUCUUAUAUUCUUUAUUUUUUCCAUUUACCUUAUGAAGACUCUCUUUCUGUUCAUGGUUUCUCCUUUACGUCAUUUACUAUCAUAUUAUCAGAUUUAACUGGCAAUAAAUUUUUUUUGUUUCUAAAAGCUUUGCAAGUUAUUAAAAUUUGUUUUUAUAAUUUUUUUCCAGAAGAGUGACAAGGAAAUUUCUAGGAAGGCAACGUCGGUUUCCUCGCCAAUUUUCGAUGUAUUUUGUUCCUUGGGAAGUGCUUACAACUUUUAUGUCUCUUUUUCGCCAGUUUUCAACUAGAUCGGCGUUUUUGUCUACGAUCUUUUUGACUGUCUCUUUUUUUCUUUGUCUGGGACCAAUUUCUAUGAUUUCUUUUAUCAUUCAAGUCUUUCUAUUCUUUAUUUUUUUCUCUAUUUACCUUAUGACGACUCUCUUUCUGUUCAUAGUAUCUCCUUUACGUCAUUUACUAUCAUAUUAUCAGAUUUAACUGACAAUUCAAUUUUUUUGUUUCUAAAAGCUUUGCAAGUUAUUAAAAUUUGUGAAACAAUCACAUGUCGUCUUUGUUAGUUCCCUUUUCAUCACUUCACACAAUCAGUCAAGUUUAAUAUGAGUUUUAUAGUAUUCUUGUAGUUGUUAUAAAAACUGAACAUGCCUAGAUACUGUUAUAGUACUAUUAAAUAUCGAAAAUUAAAAAAAAGAAAAAAGGAACAGCAAAUGAAAUGACUAUGUGCUCUUAAACGAAAUGUGUGUUCAGGUUCAAAUCACGUUAUGGAUUCUCCACAGAACACAAAAGUCACUUCUUAGGGGUGUGAUUGCUGAGCCACAGAAAAGCAAUACCGAUGCCUGGUCUUUGCAAAAAACGACAAUACCUCCCAGCAUUCUACUGCAGAAAAGUCCUAGCUCAAACCGACUAGAAAAUAUACCCACUGCUAUGUUGUACCCAUAAAUUCGCAGUUUAGCGCUUCCGUCAUAAAAAAAGUUUCUUAGACAGACCAUUUACUGUCCCAGUUUUACCCUUUCCUCUAAAUAUGUUUAGCAUGUCUCAUUGCAUUCCUCGAGAGAGAAGAAUAUGCAGCAUUGCAUUUCUCUUUAUCUGAAACAACUCGGCGCCGUAACGUAGGAGAAAAUGUAUGUGUAAGAGAUCGAUUCUGUUCUUAAUGGAAUUUGUUAACAGAUAAGAUAGUCUUCUAGUAAUCAUAGCAGUCCUUCAUUACGUGAUACUUACGGAAGCAUUCAACAACCCGAGAUUCUCUUGAUAGAGCCCAAUACAAAUGCUCACCUUCGGAUAACCGUGUUACCACGCUGACUUCAUUAUAUUCUGCCCUUCUACAUGAUGUAUAUAGCAGAGCCUUUUUUAAAAAUAAAAAACAGGUUUCAGAAACUAUUCUCUGCGUCACAAAGCUGCCUUAACUGUGUAAAUAUAAUUAAAAGCCACUGUUGUCGCUUAUCUAGUUCCAAAUACCCUUCCUUCUUAGAAGUAAUGUUCCCAUUUUCAUUUUUUUCCUCGGACCUUACAUAGUUCUCAACUACUGCGUCGUUUUCGUUUGUGGACAAUUUAAACUGGAUGUAACCAAAAGGAAUAACACUGUUUCAACAACUUGGUUGGUAUUCACGUUGUGUGUAUAUAUGUUUGCUGUAAUUAAUAUAGUGGUUUAGCUUUAUGACUGAACUCACUGUGCCUGCUACGUGCCUGAAUAAAGAGCAAAUUUUCAUGAUAUGUAAAUACCUGCCUUUAGUAGCAGAGUCCUUCGACGUAUUUUCAAGAUAUAUGGAUUUACACAAUGGAAUCAUUGUAGUGUCUGUUUACUAGCGCCUAGUGUCAGUAAACGGUGUAGAAAUUUAGUAUAUGGAUUUUGCUGCAAGUCCGCGAUGACAAUGUUUUUUAUAACAGAGAAAGGCACUUGAAAAGUAUUACAGUGCAUAAUAUUUCAUGACAAACACGGGUCUUACAUAACGGAGCUUCAGCGAAUAGGUUUAAAAUGUUUGUUCUGAAUACUAAUAUUAUACACAUAUAUAUUCAACGAAAUGCAAUACUCAAAGUGUGUAAUGCAAAAACUCGAUAGAUGACAUCGUAUUGUAACUUCCCGGCAGUGUUAAUGUACAAGAGUACCAUAUAUAACAAAAGGAAGGGUAAUUACUGUGUGUGGUAGCAGAAAACGGAUAAUCUUUUUCAUGUAACAGAAAUUUUAUGUCAUUUUACUGCAUCUGUUGUUCAUGGAUGUGACACUUAAAUUUAGCUUUUAAUUAUGUAAAAAACUGUGCUGUUUGUAUUUAUUAUACUCAAAGGGGGAUUGUAUCUGAAUAAAGUUAUUUUACCUAUCCCA